CCUCUCCUUUCCUUAUUUUUCCCUGAAAUGAACUGACUAGGUUUUCAGCCAAGGAACAUGAGCUCCAGUCCCCUCAAGCCUAGAACUGGGGGUGCUGCCCCCUCUGCGUUCCUGCCUGCAUGCCAUCCAAAGCCUGACUCUGGCACCAAGGUCUGCUCAGCAUUUCUCCCACCUUCCUGCUCCUCCCUCCCAACCUGCUCAUCCCAGGCCUUCCAGCAGGGCUGCCUUUUCUCACACUACUUCAUCUCCCAAGUGGCCAACCUGCCCCUCCUCCCAUUCUACAUCUGGAGAGUCCAGCUCAAAGCCACCACUUUUGUCAUCCUUGAAGGACCUCCCUCCCCUAGCACUCCUGACCCCUCCGAAAGAAUGUCUCCUUACCUUGACAGCUGAGUGUCCAUGCCAUACGGCCAGACCUGCACACAGCCACACCUCCUAUCUCAGAGUGAGGUCAGCAAACACAUAAUUUGGAUUUGGGGGAAAAAAAACCUGAUGUCAUAUCUUUUCUGAGAUUAAAUCUAGGGAUGGGGUGCCAGGUCGGGGAGAAGAAAGACCAGCUGUGAAACCAAAGGGUCAACUGAAGAAGGGGCACCUGACAGGCCAGAAGCGGAAGCCUGGCACCCAAAGUCAGACUGUCCAGCUUUACAGCUUUUCUAUUACCAGCCCAGAAAGACAAUGUUUUGAUAAUCACAUACCUACUGAUAUCCUAAAAUGCUGAAUGUUAAACCAGACAACAAAUUAGAAUAAUUAGAGACAGAUGCUUUAAAAAACAUUAAUGUGAUUUUGACACAAAUCCAUUCUACCCAUAUCCUUCUUGAAUGAGUUUUUGGAGGUGGGAGGGUGAUUAUAUUGCACCCCACACAGAGAGUUCCUCUCCGUCUCCCUCUUUCCCCUGAACUUCCACUUCCCAGGGGAGCAGCCCUCCACUCCACCCCCUUUUGUCCCUGCAGCCUAUGCUGCAGCAGUGGCAAUGCCAGAUCCUUUAACCCAUUAUACUGUUCUAACCUGCAUCCUGGUGCUGCAGAGAUACCCCAAUUCUCUUGCACCACAGUGGGAACGCCCCAGGUCUUUCAAAUUCCUUCUUUUGUAGUUGCUUCUUGGGCUUCCCACACAUCUCCCAAUUCAUCCUAAUGAAGGAGCUUCCUGGAGCCAUCUUUUUUGUGGUAAAAUAAUUACUAAAAAAUUAUUUUUUUCCCUGGCCUGGGAACUUCUAUAGGCCAUGGGUAUGGCCAAAAAAAUUAUUUUCCUAAGAGUCUUUAUAAUUAGCCUCUACAGCUUAAUCAUAAGAGAUAAUCAUAAAUCUUGUUCAAAUCUAUAACCUCCUUGGCAAUGUUUUCCAAAUAUUUUUAAUUACAAUCAUCAUCAGAAAUAUAAUUAAUAUCAUGACCUCAUAUAUAAGUCCUAGGGUGAAUCAGUAUGACCAUAAGAGCUGUUUAUAUUGGGUGGGCUGUCUUGGCUGGGUCUCCAUUUUGAUUUUGUUUAUUUGUUUAAUUUGAUUUUUGUUUUAUAUCCAUUUUGAUUUUGAAUAUCACUAAAUAAAAGUCUCAUGAAACAAUUAUUCUUUACUGCAUAAGAUACACUCAGGUAAUGUUUUUUCAUUUCUAUUUCAUUAAAGAAAGGAAAAAAAAUGGUUGCAGCUGCUAAAUUGAUUUCCUGACCCAAUAAGGGAGAGUAACCUGCUGGAAAAAUCUCUGCCCUGUGCUGAAUUUUUACCCCAAUGCACACCUGGUCAAAAGUUAGUAACUAUUUUAAAUGUUUUGCUGCUGUCUAAUGAUAUUAUUUCUCCACAUAUUAGGAUACAUGGACAUCUGCUUAUGACACCCACUUACAGUUUUUUUCUUACUUUUCAGUUUGUACUUGUAAGACCUGAUGACUCCCCGCCAGGCAUCCUACCAAUUUCCUUGGAACCUUUGCUCAUGACAGUUCAGGAUGAGUGUUUCACUCUGGGGAGAGAGAUCUGCAUUUGGGGCCUUCAACUGAGCAACCCAGAGAUGGCCAGACUCGCUUUGCUUUUGGAAUCAAAGGGGUGCACCACCUGCCCAUUUACCACCCUGGAACUCAUUGAUUGCAAGAUGGAUCUGUGGUCCCUGGGGAGACUUGGGAAGGCUCUUCAGUCCAGCAGUUUGCAAACUCUUGUUCUUGAUUACUGCAAAUUUGGAAAUGAAGAAAUUGAGAGGAUUUUCUCAGGCCUGGAGAACAACCAAAGGCUUCAAGUCCUCAGCUUACGUUACUGUGGUCUGGGGCCACAGAUUGGGCCAAGGCUGGGCUCUAUCAUAUGCCAGAGUGCCAUUUGUGAGCUGCACCUUGAUGGCAAUUACUUGCAGUGUUCUGGAGCUCUGGAUCUCCUCAGACCCGUAGCAGAGUAUGCAGAGAUGCAGGGGAAAGACCAGCCAGCCACUUGCUCACCAGACCCUAGGCAUCCCCCUCAGCUGCUCCAAGCUAAGCAGAGAGGAAGUUCAACUUUGAACCAGAUUACAAAGUCAUCUGGAGCUCUAACAAUGAAAACUACUUCAGGAAAGAAGAGAAAAAAAGGAAUCAAGAAAAAACUUAAAAAUUCGGAAGUUGGACCUUGGUUAGUGAAGUUGUAUUUGGCAGAUAAUGGCAUAGAUGGAAAAGGAAAAGAAGGAGAAAAUAACUUGCUGGAAUUCACUCAAAUUUUAACAUGCCUGAUCAAAUACUCUGCCCAUUUAAGGGAGAUUGACCUUGGAAACAAUGUCCUGGGAGAAAUGGCUGCUGCUGACAUUCUUGAAGCACUGAGAGCCAGAAAGACAGGUAAACUUCCAGUUUUAAAAGUUACAGUAACCCCCCAGAUCUCUUCAGAUACCUUCAUGUCUAUUUGGGAAAAUAGCAAGAAAUCAAGUACUACCCAUAAAAAGAGGAAAAAGGCUAGAAACUGAAUAUGGAUGCCAUAUAGCCAUAUGGAUUUUAUCUAUUUCCAUGACCUACCACACAUGCCUGGAAAGAUAUUGUUUGUUCUAUAAUAAUAUUUUUCACUAUAACCAAGCCCCUUUCAAGUUGUAAGAUUUGAUAAGACUCCUUAAUGAAAGUUCAAAGUAGUGUUAGUCCUACCAUGCUUGUCAUUUUCUAAAAUGUUGACUUUAUAAAUAAGCCUUGGUAAAAAUAAGUGGGAUUCUUCUCUGAAGCUUGUUCUCUUGUGCGUGUGAAAUUUAUAGUUUGAAGGAAGUCAUGAUCUUUAAGAAAGAAAGACUUGUCUUUCAUAAAUAUAUCUAUGGUUGGGAAAAAUAGGGAUUUUGGGGGAAAAUAACCACUUUCUAAAAGGCAACAACCCUAACAAUGGGGAUCUUCCCCAAAUGAGGAAAAUUCUGAUCACUCUACCCUCCACACUCUGUAAGAUUUCAAUAGCUCCAAAGGAAAUGGAAGCAGUAUCCUGAUCAAUGCAUAGAUGAUAAAUUGAAUUAGGUAAAUUGUAUACAGUACAGGGAUAAAAAGCAUGGGCUAGGCAAUUAGAUGAACCAGAAUUCUCUGUGGAAUCCUGCUGCUUUCCGGGUGACCUUGAGCAAGUCAGUUAACCUCCAGGUACCUAAACUUCUCCUCUGUAAGAUACAGAUAAGAAUGGUACCUAUCAGAGUUCCCUUGUGGUAGAGCAGGUUAAAGAUCUGGCAUUGUCACUGCAGCAGUUCUGGUGGCUGAGGACUUAAGACUUCAUUUUGAAGUUAUAAAAACAAACCCUGUCAUUCAUCCAACAUAUAAAAUGUAACAAGUGCUAGGAAGUUAGUGGAACCCAACUAACUGAGGAGGUGAGGUUGGGUACAGAAAAUUGUGUCCACUCUUGCAGAUUAGCAUCUAACAAGGAAGAUAAGAUCCUCAUACAUUAAAAGUAAAAAACAUUAGAGCAUGAGUUGAAAUAGUAUAAAUCCUUAGGGUAAGGAAGCCUACAGAGUAGUGACAUCAAUUUAACAAGUCUCCAGAACUUAUAUAUCCAAUGUGUGAGCCCUCCUGAGAAAUUGUUCUUGCUCAAAAACCAAAACAAAACAAACUUUUUUAAAGAUUUCCCACUGACAUCCACUGGGUAGAAGUGUAAAAUCCGUGUGCUUAUUUAGGGGUCUUUUGGCAAUGUCUAUCAAAAUGAAAAAUACAUAGCCUUGACUCAAACAUUCUACUUCUAGAAAUUUAUUUUACAGAUAUACCUCACACAUAUGCAAAGAAAUGUGUAUAAAGAUGUUCACUGCAGCAUUGUUCAUUGCACAGUGGAAACAGCUACAUGUCUCAAAGGGUUCUCCAGGACAUAAACCACAGGAAAUACACAUGGUGGAAAACUACCACACAGCCAUUAGGAAGAAUAAUGUGGAUAUGGAAGUGCUUAUAUGGAGAGAUGUCCUAGUCAUACUAUUAAAGAUAAAGAAAAGCCCAGAUAAGAGUAUAUGUGAAUUUUUCAUAUUAAAAAUGAACUAAGGGAGUUCCCAUUGUAGCGCAGUGGUUAAUGAAUCCGACUAGGAACCAUGAGGUUGAGGGUUCUAUCCCUGCCCUCGCCCAGUGGGUUAAGGAUCUGG